ACUCCUUAGAGUGGUAGUGACAGUGAUGAGGUAUGUAGUUCCCUCCUCCAGUUCAGUCAGUCUGUGCUCCAUACUGUCAGUAGUGAUGCUGCCAGUGUCACCGGAGCAGUUAGUGUUAAAGUAUGAGACGGUGUAUGAGGUAGCAGUCACAUCUUCAGCCAGUGUCCAAGAAAUGGUUAUAGAUGUAGUGGAAACUGAGACCACCGACAGGAACAACGCAUCUGACAGGGAAAGGAGAAUAUCAACCUGGCAU